AUCUAGGCGUCAAUUGAUACACUCCAGCAUCCAACUCACCAUCUCCUCCUGUCCUCCCUCGCGGGAAUCACCUCACCUAGCUAGCUUGCGAGUGACACGUCACCCACACGCACGCACGCACGUACGGCGCGGACAUGGCGAAGCUCGCGCUCGGCCACCACCGCGAGGCCACCGACCCCGGCUGCCUCCGCGCCGUCGUCGCCGAGCUCCUCCUCACCUUCCUCUUCGUCUUCUCCGGCGUCGGCUCCGCCAUGGCCGCCGCCAAGCUGGGCGGCGGCGGCGACACGAUAAUGGGGCUGACGGCGGUGGCGGCGGCGCACGCGCUGGUGGUCGCCGUCAUGGUCUCCGCGGGGCUGCACGUCUCCGGCGGCCACAUCAACCCGGCCGUCACGCUCGGCCUCGCCGCCGGCGGCCACAUCACCCUCUUCCGCUCCGCGCUCUACGCCGCCGCCCAGCUGCUCGGCUCCUCCCUCGCCUGCCUCCUCCUCGCCGCCCUCACCGGCGGCGAGGAGGCCGUCCCGGUGCACGCGCCGGCGCCCGGCGUCGGCGCGGCGCGCGCCGUGGCCAUGGAGGCCGUGCUCACCUUCUCCCUCCUCUUCGCCGUCUACGCCACCGUCGUCGACCGGCGCCGCGCCGUCGGCGCGCUCGGCCCGCUCCUCGUCGGCCUCGUCGUCGGCGCCAACAUCCUCGCCGGCGGGCCCUACUCCGGCGCCUCCAUGAACCCGGCCCGCUCCUUCGGCCCGGCCCUCGCCGCCGGCGAAUGGGCCGACCACUGGAUCUAUUGGGUUGGGCCUCUUAUAGGUGGGCCUUUGGCUGGGCUGGUUUAUGAGGGCCUCUUCAUGGGCCCGCCCGGCCAUGAGCCGCUUCCUAGGAAUGACGGCGACUUCUAAGUUAAUUAGGCCUUAAUAAUAACUUUGAUCUCGAGCUAGUAAAAAUAAUGAAUGUAUGAGAAGUGAUUGGUUUUUAGGUGCAUGUAAUUUCUACUCGUUUGGAUUAUUGAAUAAGAAUUUUAGGUUAAAUAAUUAGCAUUUGGGCUAGAUUUGGUUCUGGGUCAAGCCUUCCAUUGGUUGGGCUAAGAAUGCUUAAAAGGGCAGGUCCGGCUUGGACUGUGAAAUUGGGCCGUCUUUAUCACUCUCUAUUUGAGUUUCCUGUACUA